AUGGUGGCAGUCAAGGCAUCCAUCAAGGUAGAUGAAGCUACAAAGGAGGAAUUUGUUGAUGAAGUUGAGAUCCAGACACAGAUGAUCCACAAGAACAUCCUCAAGCUCGUUGGUUGCUGCCUAGAGGUGGACGUUCCAGUGUUGGUAUAUGAGUUCGCAGCAAAUGGGAGCCUCCAAGAUGUCCUGCACCGCAAAAGGAACCAAGUACUCCCCUUGGACUCACGUUUGGACAUUGCUAUUGGCUCUGCAGAAGGGUUAAAGUAUAUGCAUAGUUAUGCAACUCAUGCCAUGAGACAUGGUGAUGUCAAGCCAGACAACAUACUUUUGGAUGACAAGUUGACACCAAAAAUCGCAGAUUUUGGUUUGUCCAAACUACUGAAAGAAGAAUAUUACGCCAAGGUUGUGGUUGGGUGCAUGGGUUACAUAGACCCAAUAUUCAUGAAAACUGGGCUUUUGACACAAAAGAGUGAUGUUUACAGCUUUGGAGCAGUUUUGUUGGAGUUCAUUACAGGGAAGAGCAAUGUGUAUGAUGAGAAAUGUAGUCUCAUUAUUGAGUACCGCAAAGUUUAUGAAAAUGAAAAUAGUGGGAGGGCAAUGUUUGAUAGUGAAAUAGCAACUGAAGAAGAUAUAUCCGUCCUUGAAGAAAUGGGCAAGCUAGCAAUGGAUUGCCUAAAGGAAGACUUAGAUGAUCGGCCAGAUAUGACAGAGGUAGCCGAACAACUUGUGAUAAUUAGGAGAAACAAGAAGUUGGGAAAACCAAACAGUGGAAAUCCUGACAGCACUAGGGAUAUUACCAUAUAUAAUUCUCCUACCAACACGGAGGUCAGUGGAACUAGUAGCGUCAAUAUUUCAGCGAAGUCAACUCCCAGCAACAUGGACAUCCUUCCUAGUAUAACAUAA